UUCUCCCCCUCUGUUAAGUCCCUCCCCCUCGCCAUUCAAAAGGACUGGCUCGGCACUGGCUCCUUGCAGUCGGCGAACUGUCGGGGCGGGAGGAACCGUGAGCAGGAGCUGCACUCAGCUGCCCGCGCGGCAAAGCGGAAGGCAAGCCAAACAGAGUGCGCAGAGUGGCAGAGCCAGCGGCGAUACAGGCAGUACAGGCAGCCCGGGCUGCCUGAAUAGCCUCAGAAAGCAACCUCAGCGACUCCGGCUGCUCUGCGGACUGCGAGCUGUGGCGGUAGAGCCCGCUACAGCAGUCGCAGUCUCCGUGGAGCGGGCGGAAGCCUUUUUUUCUCCUUUUCGUUUUACCUCUUCAUUCUACUCUAAAGGCAUCGUUAAUAGAGUUGUGCGGGAUAACACAACGAACUAUAAGAAGUGUGCCUGUUAUGGACUUGUUGUCCGGGACGUACAUAUUCGCGGUCCUCCUAGCAUGCGUGGUGUUCCACUCUGGCGCCCAGGAGAAGAACUACACCAUCCGAGAAGAAAUGCCAGAAAACGUCCUGAUAGGCGACUUGUUGAAAGACCUUAACUUGUCCCUGAUUCCAAACAAGUCCUUGACAUCUGCUAUGCAGUUCAAGCUAGUGUACAAGACCGGAGAUGUGCCACUGAUUCGAAUUGAAGAGGGUACUGGUGAGAUCUUCACUACUGGCGCUCGCAUUGAUCGUGAGAAAUUAUGUGCUGGUAUCCCAACGGAUGAGCUUUGCUUUUAUGAAGUGGAGGUUGCCAUUUUGCCGGAUGAAAUAUUUAGACUGGUUAAGAUACGUUUUCUGAUAGAAGAUAUAAAUGAUAAUGCACCAUUGUUCCCAACAACGGUUAUCAACAUAUCAAUUCCAGAGAACUCGGCUAUAAACUCUAAAUAUACUCUCCCAGCGGCCAUUGAUCCUGACGCAGGAAUAAACGGAGUUCAAAACUACGAGCUAAUUAAGGGUCAAAACAUUUUUGGCCUCGAUGUCAUUGAAACACCAGAAGGAGAGAAGAUGCCACAACUGAUAGUUCAAAAGGAGUUAGAUAGGGAAGAGAAAGAUAUCUACGUGAUGAAAGUAAAGGUUGAAGAUGGUGGCUUUCCUCAAAGAUCCAGUACUGCUAUUUUGCAAGUAAGUAUUACUGAUACAAAUGACAACCACCCAGUAUUUAAGGAGACGGAGAUUGAAGUCAGUAUACCAGAAAAUGCUCCCGUAGGCACUUCAGUGACACAGCUCCAUGCCACAGAUGCUGACAUAGGUGAAAAUGCCAGGAUCCACUUCUCUUUCAGCAAUCUAGUCUCCAACAUUGCCAAAAGAUUAUUUCACCUCAACACCACCACUGGACUUAUCACAAUCAAAGAACCACUGGAUAGGGAAGAAACACCAAACCACAAGUUACUGGUUUUGGCAAGUGAUGGUGGAUUGGUUCCGGCAAGAGCAAUGGUGCUGGUAAAUGUUACAGAUGUCAAUGAUAAUGUCCCAUCCAUUGACAUAAGAUACAUCGUCAAUCCAAUCAAUGACACAGUUGUUCUUUCAGAAAAUGUUCCAUUCAACACCAAAAUUGCUCUCAUAACUGUGACGGAUAAGGAUGCGGACCAUAAUGGCAGGGUGACAUGUUUCACAGAUCAUGAAAUCCCUUUCAGAUUGAGGCCAGUAUUCAGUAAUCAGUUCCUCCUGGAGACAGCAGCAUAUCUUGACUACGAGUCCACAAAAGAAUAUGCCAUUAAAUUACUGGCUGCAGAUUCUGGCAAACCUCCUUUGAAUCAGUCAGCAAUGCUCUUCAUCAAAGUGAAAGAUGAAAAUGACAAUGCUCCAGUUUUCACCCAGUCUUUAGUAACCGUUUCUAUUCCUGAGAAUAACUCUCCUGGCAUCCAAUUGACGAAAGUAAGUGCAACAGAUGCAGACAGUGGGUCUAAUGCUGAGAUCAAUUUCCUGCUAGGCCCUGAUGCUCCACCUGAGUUCAGCCUGGAUCGUCGUACAGGCAUGCUGACUGUAGUGAAGAAACUAGAUAGAGAAAAAGAGGAAAAGUAUUUAUUCACAGUUCUGGCAAAAGAUAACGGGGUGCCACCCUUAACCAGCAAUGUCACAGUCUUUGUAAGUGUUAUUGAUCAGAAUGACAACAGCCCAGUUUUCACUCACAAUGAAUACAACUUCUAUGUCCCAGAAAACCUUCCAAAACAUGGUACAGUGGGACUAAUCACUGUAACUGAUCCUGAUUAUGGAGAGAAUUCUGCAGUUACUCUCUCCAUUUUAGACGAGAAUGAUGGCUUCACCAUUGAUUCACAAACUGGUGUCAUCCGACCAAAUAUUUCAUUUGAUAGAGAAAAACAAGAAUCUUACACUUUCUAUGUAAAGGCUGAGGAUGGUGGUAGAGUGUCACGUUCUUCAAGUGCCAAAGUAACCAUAAAUGUGGUUGAUGUCAAUGACAACAAACCAGUUUUCAUUAUCCCUCCUUCCAACUACUCUUAUGAAUUGGUUCGACCAUCCACUGAUCCAGGAACAGUGGUCUUUCAGGUAAUUGCUGUUGACAAUGACACUGGCAUGAAUGCAGAGGUUCGUUAUAGCAUUGUAGGAGGAAACACAAGAGGUCUGUUUGAAAUCAACGAAACAACAGGCAACAUAAUAAUGAAGGAGAAAUGUGAUGUCACAGACCUUGGUUUACACAGAGUGUUGGUCAAAGCUAAUGACUUAGGACAACCUGAUUCUCUCUUCAGUGUUGUAACUGUCAAUCUGUUUGUGAAUGAGUCAGUGACCAAUGCUGCACUGAUUAAUGAACUGCUACACAAAAGCACUGAAGCACCAGUGACCCCAAAUACUGAGAUAGCUGAGGCAUCCUCACCAACUACUGACUAUGUCAAGAUCCUGGUUGCAGCUGUUGCUGGCACCGUAACUGUCGUUGUAGUUAUUUUCAUCACUGCUGUAGUAAGAUGUCGCCAGGCACCACACCUUAAGGCUGCUCAGAAAAACAAGCAGAAUUCCGAAUGGGCUACCCCAAACCCAGAAAACAGGCAGAUGAUAAUGAUGAAGAAAAAGAAAAAGAAGAAGAAGCAGCCCCCUAAGAACCUGCUGCUUAACUUUGUCACUAUUGAAGAAACUAAAGCAGAUGAUGUUGACAAUGAUGGAAACAGCAUCACACUAGAACUUCCUAUUGAUCUAGAAGAGCAAACCAUGGGCAAGUACAAUUGGGUAACUACACCUACUACUUUCAAGCCCGACAGCCCUGAUUUGGCCCGACACUACAAAUCUGCCUCUCCACAGCCUGCCUUCCAGAUUCAGCCUGAAACUCCCCUGAAUUCGAAGCACCACAUCAUCCAAGAACUGCCUCUCGAUAACACCUUUGUGGCCUGUGAUUCUAUCUCCAAGUGUUCCUCAAGCAGUUCAGAUCCCUACAGCGUUUCUGACAGUGGCUAUCCAGUGACAACCUUCGAGGCACCUGUGUCUGUACACGCCAGACCGACUGAUUCCAGGACAUCACCUAUUGAAAUCUGCAGUGAGAUAUAACUUUCUAGGAACAACAAAAUUCCAUUCCCCUUCCAAAAAAUUUCAAUGAUUGUGAUUUCAAAAUUAGGCUAAGAUCAUUAAUUUUGUAAUCUAGAUUUCCCAUUAUAAAAGCAAGCAAAACAAAAAAUCAUGUUAAAAACGAUGUCCUAGUGAACCUUGUGCUUUCUUUAGCUGUAAUCUGGCAAUGGAAAUUUCAAAUUUAUGGAAGAAACAGUGCAGUGCAAUAACAGAGUACUCUCAUGCUGUUUCUCUGUUUGCUCUGAAUCAACAGCUGUGAUGUAAUAUAAGGCUGUCUUAGAGUAUACACUUAUGGUUAAUAUAUCAGUGAUGAAACAUGCAAUUACUUGCCCUGUCUGAUUGUUGAAUAAUUAAAACAUUAUGUCCGGGAGUUUGGAAGUGAGCUGAACUAUCCAAGCUACUCUCUGAAAGGUAUCCAGGGCAAGAGACUUUUUUAAGACCCCAAACAAACAAAAGACAAAACCAAAACACUCUGGUUCAGUGUUUUGAAAAUAUUCACUAACAUAAUAUUGCUGAGAAAAUAAUUUUUAUUACCCACCACUCUGCUUAAAAGUUGAAUGGGCCGGGUGCGGUGGCUCACGCCUGUAAUCCCAGCACUUUGGGAGGCCGAGGCGGAUGGAUCACGAGGUCAGGAGAUCGAGACCAUCCUGGCUAACAUGGUGAAACCCCGUCUCUACUAAAAAUGCAAAAAAUUAGCCAGGCGUGGUAGCAGGCACCUGUAGUCCCAGCUACUCUGGAGGCUGAGGCAGGAGAAUUACUUGAACCUGGGAGGCAGAGGUUGCAGUGAGCCGAGAUCGCACCACUGCACUCCAGCCUGGGUGACAGAGCAAGACUCUGUCUCAAAACAAACAAACAAACAAAAAGUUGAAUGAUAGAAAAUAAUUUUACUAGGUUUUUAUGUUGAUUGUAAUCAUGCUGUUCCACUCUUUUUAAUUAUUAAAAAGUUAUUUUUGGCUGGGUGUAGUGGCUCACACCUGUAAUCCCAGCACUUUGGGAGGCCGAGGCAGGCGGAUCACCUGAGGUCAGGAGUUCAAGACCAGACUGGCCAACAUGGCAAAACCCUGU